UAUUAUUUGAUUCAGAAUAAGCCAUUGCUCACUGGCCAUUAUUCAGUAUUCAGUAUUCACUAUUCACUAAUUUCACUAAGUAAAUAACUGGAUAGUGUAUAAGGAAUACUGAACAUUAAUAAUUAUUAAUCAUUCAAUAUUCGAUUUUCAAUUUUGUUUUCCAUUUCACUGGCUACUACAGAUUUUAACUCAUCAUGGAGAAUAUAGACAACAUAAUAAUGAAACAGAUCCAAAAUCAAUUGGAAUCUCCUGAAAUAGAACCAUUUUGUUACAUCUGGCAGAUGAAAAGAUUGAAAUCACUACAAAAUUGGACCAUGGCUAAACCUAGUGCUGAAGAAAUGGCUGAAGCAGGUUUCUACUGCCCAAACCCGGAUAUACCUGACACAGUAAGAUGUUUUUCGUGUUUCAUUGAAUUGGAUGGUUGGGAGCCAACCGAUAAACCUUGGGAAGAACACAAAAAACGAGCCUUAUCGUUAAACCCACCAUGUAGAUUUAUUGAAAUAUGUAAGAAGGAAUCAGAUUUUACAGUAGAUGAUUUUUUAGAAAUUAAAAAGAGUGUAAUUUUACGCAUUUUCAAUGAAAAAUGUGAAAAACUCAUAAAAACAUCACUAUCUCUUCACAAAAAGAAAAAAUCAGCACUUAAAAAGGACCUCCAAAAAAAGGGAAUGUCAUAAAAAUGUAUAUAUAUAUAAUAUGUCUGACAAAAAAUUCACUAUGCUAGGUGCAGUUUAAUUUAUUGUAAAUUAGUUAUUAUUAUUUUGAACAAGUUCUGACUUGUCUAAUAAUUAUAGUAUUAUAUAUACAUAUAUAUUACAAUGUAUGCUUGUAAUUUGAUUUGAUCAAAUUUAAAUAGAAUUUUAUUAUCAAUAAUUUUUCUAAAUUAACACCUGUAAAUUAGACAAUAAAUAUUUUAAUUGUGAUUUAUUUAUUAGUGAUAAAAAUUAAUAAGCUCUUUUGGAGUGGUUACAUUUUAACGCUUUUUAUACAAUUAUAAGCCUUAUUAAGAUUGAUUUUAUACCUUUGUCUACUUUAUUGUUUAUUUCAUUGGAAUGAUUUACUUUGUAUUUUUUAGAAGUUAUCAUUAUCUACUUAUAAUGGGAUCAUAUAUUAACAAACAAUUAAUUUAAAAAUGUUAAUUAUUUAUGCUAAAUGAUUAAAAUAUUUUAGGUGUGUAUGUAUAUUGUAUUGUAUUAUUUUAAUAUUAAAUAUUUAGUUUUUCUUAUAAACUGAUGAUUAAGUACCUAUAAUCUUUAUUUAAUUGAUGUUGAAAAAGCAUUUCUCUAAAUUUUAAAAAUACUUAUAUUAUACAAAUGUGUAUAUAUUUAAUAGCCAAUACGAUUAAUAUAAAUUAUUAAGUUUAUUAAAGAUAAAAUAAAUAAUAUAUAAAUAGUCAUUCUUGUAGGUGUAUAUUUUUAUAUCACGUUUUAUUUGUGUAAAUAAUUUAAUACUGGGUACAUUUUAUAAAGCAAAUUAGUAACAAAUUAUAGUUAUUAAGUAUUUAAAUUCAUUUUUAAUAUAUACUGAUACUAAUUCUUAGGCUUAAUAUAUUUGUUUAGGUGUAUCUUCUCAAUUUAAAUCACAUAUUCAACUAUUAUUCAUUAAUUUAAAUGAAAAUAAUUAAUUUAUGCUCUUUCUUUAGAUUUUGGUAAAGGAACUUGUCUUAAAAAAAAAACUUAUUCUUUUGUAUUUUAAUUUCUACAUACCCAUAGUGCAACCAAGUUGAUAAUGACUAGUUAACAUGAGACAAAACUAGUUUAUUAUAUCAGACUAAUCAGACCAAACCUAAACCUUGGUCACUAUAUACGUCUGUUUUUUAAAAUUUUAAUUUUUCUAGUUAUGAGACCAUGACGUCAUAACUAAGGUAUAUAUUAUAUUGUUUACCUCUUUUGUUUGUAAUAAAAAAUAAAUAACAGUACA